GGGCAAGGGUAAGGUGUCAGAAAAAUGCAGGAGGAGCCGGGCCAUAAAUACGCACGUUAAUCAAUCAAGAGUUUUCUCUGACUUUCUGAUAAAGUUUGGGGUAAAAUAAUGGGGAGACGACCUUCAAGCGGUGUCCCCUUCCAAAGGACAUAAAGCGGAGCCCCAGCCGGGCUCACUGCUGGCAGCAGAGGAGCCCCGAGCCAUAGUGAGGACACACAGCAGCUCCGGAGCCACAGGUGCCUUCCCAUAAUGUUCAUUAACAAGAAGCUCUUCACCACCGCCCUCCUCGGGCUGCUGGUCACACUGUCCAUCAUCGCCCUCAUCCUCAGCCUGGUGAGGGUUGAAGAUGUCACUCUGCCACCCACAGUCCAGUACGGGAUGGUGUUUGAUGCAGGCUCAUCCCACACCUCUCUGUUUGUCUACGAGUGGGACUCGGACAAGCAGAACAACACCGGUGUGGUCAGCCAGACCUUGUCCUGUGAUGUCCAGGGGCCAGGCAUAUCAAGCUAUGCCGAUGAUCCCCCAAAAGCUGGUGAUUCCCUAAGAGAGUGCCUGGAUGAAGCCCUGAAAGUCAUUCCUGCUGCAAAGCAGAGGGAUGUCUCAGCUUACUUCGGAGCGACAGCAGGCAUGAGGCUAUUGAGGGAACAGAACAGCUCAGCUGCAGACCGAGUCCUGGCCGAAAUUGCUAAAACCAUACAAGAGUAUCCUGUGGCUUUCUGUGGGGCUCAGAUCAUUACAGGAGAAGAGGAGGGAGCUUAUGGUUGGAUCACCAUCAACUACCUGCUGGAGUCCUUCACCAAGUACUCCCCAAAAGCACACAUGUGGGUCCAUCCAGAGGCAGCCAACAGUUUUGGGGCGCUGGAUCUUGGAGGAGCAUCAACUCAGAUCAGCUUUGCCCCCAAAGGUUCAUUUAUAAACUGGAACAAAACCUCCAGGUUCAUGCUGUAUGGAUACAACUACAACAUCUACACUCACAGCUACAUCUGCUAUGGGCAGAAUGAGAUGUGGAAGCGCCUGGCAAAGGAGUUAAUUGUGGAGUCGCCCUCCAGCACGCUAGUUGAACAUCCUUGCUACCCCAAAGACUACAAGGAAACCAUCUCGCUGUCUUCCUUCCGCACCAGCCCCUGCACCAACCAGAGUGACCCACGCCUGCCUCUCGAUGACAGAAACGUGACCCUGGAGGGCAGGAGCAAUGCCAGCGGGUGCUUGGUCGCCGUCAAGAAGCUCUUCAACUUCUCGGCAUGUGGACAGAGCCAGGACUGCUCCUUCGAUGGCAUCUACCAGCCCCCCGUCAGCGGGCAGUUCUUUGCCUUUUCUGCUUUUUACUACAACUUCAAGUUUCUCAACCUGACGGAGGGACAGUCACUGGCCACCGUCAGGGAGACCAUUGAGCAUUUCUGUGCAAGAACCUGGGAGGAUCUGUCUUCUAAUUACCCCGAAGAGAAUCCUGAGCGACUGCCUAAAUACUGUGCCAAUGCCAACUACAUCCUCACACUCCUCCUUGAUGCCUACAAGUUCAACGAGACCAGCUGGAACAACAUCUUCUUCCAGAUGAAGGUGGGGAGCACCAAUGUGGGCUGGACUCUGGGCUACAUGCUGAACCUCACCAACAUGAUCCCAGCUGAGGCUCCAGUGUGGGUGAAGGGGCACACACCCUCCCUGUGGGCUGCAGCCAUCGCCUUCGUCACCUUCACCUUGGCCUUGGGGCUCGUUGCACUGGUUGUGCUUUUGUGGACGUAGGAAUGGUAACCUCUACCCCACUGAAGAACCGAGGGUUGGCUCACAGAACUGCCCCCAGAUAUGCAGAUAGGCACCACGGGAGGUUUCCUGAGGAUCCCCUCGAGGGAUCAGCCUACACACCACAGCCAGGCCAAUCUGCCUCCUCACACCAUUAAUCCUGUAAGAGAUUUGUCCUCCACCCCACUGGCUGGAGCAUGGAGCUCGGAGAGCCCAUCUGGCUGUGCAGGACCUGAGUGCCAGACCAUCAUGGGCUGGCAGAUGGAUGCAGGGCGCUUCCUCCAGUGCUGGGUCUGACCAUGGUCAGCCAGGAAGGUUCCUGCCAGCUGUGCCAGUCUGAGGGCACACAAGGCUCUGUGAUGCCCCAGUUGGCUUUCCUUACGAACCUAUCGCCUGGGCUCAGCUGUUGGCCUAGGAGUUGAAAUGCAAAUUGAGCAUCCACAGCCAGAAAGGUGGUCCACACCUCUACAGAGUCCAUCUCAUCAUCUCUUCCUUUUCUUACAGGAUAGAGGGAUUGUUAUUCCUCAGUGCCUUCCUGGACACCAGACUGUCCCACCACAAGAUCCGUGCACUGUGGAUGUGAGGCUGCAAGUGCAGCUGGCUGCAGAUCUUGCCCUGACCUGUGCAUGGUGCUGAGCUGGAUCUUCCCCACGGCUGUGCCCUUACCUUUGCCUUUGGUUCUGCUCACUCCUUACCUGCCCCGUGCAUGACUCACUUUGUUAUUUGUUGGGAGCACGUCUGCCUCCCGGCAGCACAGAGCUGACCUUUGCAGUUGUUGCAGAAAGGCAGGCACUCAGCCACCCCUGUUAUCCAGAAGUAAACACUGGAAAAGGCA